AUGGCGGGCCGGGUGCUGGGGCUCGCACAGGUCAUGCGGCCUCCGGGCGUUCUGCUUUGGCGUCUCCUGCCUGGGGUCCCCGCGGGAGGAGCUGCGAGGGUCUGGCGGGGCCAGCUCUGCGCGCGGCCAGCGGAGGGGUGGCGGCCCUCGGCGCCCGCUGGCUGCUGCUGCCGGGGGAGGCGGCUGUUCAGCGCGGCGUUGCCGCCACCGCCGGGGCCGUCCGGCUCGGACCCGAAGGACCGCAGAGACCCGACACGCCCCUCGAAGCCGGGGCCUGUUUCCUGGAAGUCUUUAGCAUUCACAUUUGCUGUUGGUGGAGCUUUGUUGGCUGGGAUGAAGUACUUCAAGAAAGAAAAGACAGAGAAGCUAGAGAAGCAACGGCAGCGAAGCAUUGGAAAGCCUUUACUUGGGGGCCCAUUUUCCCUCACAACUCAUGUUGGAGAGCCCAAAACGGAUAAAGACUACCUGGGUCAAUGGGUAUUGAUUUACUUUGGUUUUACUCAUUGUCCUGAUGUCUGUCCAGAAGAACUGGAAAAAAUGAUUCAAGUGGUGGAUGAAAUAGAUAGUAUUCCAACGCUGCCAAAUUUAACCCCACUUUUCAUCACUAUUGACCCAGAGAGAGACACAAAAGAAGCCAUCGCAAAUUAUGUGAAAGAAUUUUCUCCCAAACUUGUUGGCUUGACUGGCACAAAAGAAGAGAUUGAUCGAGUGGCCAGAGCAUACAGAGUAUAUUAUAGCCCUGGCCCCAAGGAUGAAGAUGAGGACUAUAUAGUGGAUCAUACAAUAAUAAUGUACUUGAUUGGACCAGAUGGUGAGUUUCUGGAUUAUUUUGGCCAAAACAAGAGAAAUGCAGAAAUAGCUGGUUCGAUUGCUGCACACAUGAGGGAACACAGGAAAAAGAGCUAGCCAAGCAGUGUUGAUGCUGCAGUGUUCUCUUGCUAAAGAGGAAGGAAGCUUUGUCUCCCAUAGGAGCCAACAUAUAUGUAUGUGCAGACUACUUUCAUACCACUGGAACAUCUAUAUUUAGAAUGGGGCACAUUGACCUUGGGAUCAGCUAAGAUAGUCUUGGAACUAUAAAGAUUACAACCAAAUAGCCGCCAUGAGACUGGAGGACCAAAUUGAUGUGGAGCCCACAGAGACGGCCUGAAGGAAGGACACUGGGGGAGAGGCCAGGCCAUGCACAUCCCCACAUGAACGGCCCCUCUGAUCAGCACUGCUGCCUCUCUGGUGUCUUGGACGCUUGCUCACACUGGCGUGGGCUGAAUUUCUAUGAAGAGUAAUUUCCAUGUAUUCUUGCUUUGCAUUUUGACUUUUUGGUGGCUGAUUGCAGUCAAAUUAGGCACUUUGCCAUUCAAAUAUCAAUUUUUAUACUUGAAAGCAGAAGUGCUGUCUACCAUGGUAAUGACUUACUCAGGUUUGAGUUGUGUUCCCCUGUCAGCAGGCACUGAUUUACCCAAUAAAGAAGAAAUCUAUUGUUUUGGGGGAACAAUUAGAUCAUUUUCUCUAGGGAUCUUUUGUGUGAUUUUUAACUAAAGAAUGUGCCAGGUAUUCAGUGAUGUACCAAAUGGAAAGAAGAGGGUACUGAUCAUGACUGUGAUGGAGUAAUUUCCUGCCUAUGCUGGAUUGCAUUGUGUGAAAUAAAAAUAAAAUAGGUUCUCAGGCCUGGGUGGAUUUUUCUGAGUCUAGGUUAGGGCUUGGAGAGCUGCAUUCAGAACAGACUUCCCAAGUGCCUCGGGUGCUGGGCACCAUGCCCUGAGAAGCUUGGAUGGAGAAGCAAGGUGUGAGCUGGGUGAAAACAACCCAACUGUGAUGUAUUAGUUCACAAAGUCCUGUGCACACAGCCAUUUGGGAAAGUGAUGUGGGAAAUGAAUCUUGACUUUUGUUUCUGAAUUUAACUUACUUGGGUGCCAUCUUUACUGUCAUCUUUUUCUCUUUCUUGAAGCUGCUGCCUAAGGCAAAGUUCUCAACACAUCAGUAAAUGCUAAUGCAACAAGAUAAUGCCUAGUCAGAUAGCAGAUUCUCUUUGCAGCUGUGUUUUACAGUACACAUAAUGCAGGCCUAUCUUUUGGUUUUUAAAUUAGUUUUAAUACUCAGGUUAAAUCUUCUGUAGAUAAGUCAAAGUAUGUGGAAAAGAAAAAUCAUGACCUCUGUAGUUGUUAGAGACUGAUUGCACUUCCCUCCCCCAGUCCACAUGUUGAAGUCCUAACUACCAGCACCUCAGGAUGUGACUGUAUUUGGAGACAAAGCCUUUAAAGCGGUAAUUAAGUUAAAAUGAGGCUGUUGGUGUAGGCCAUGGUCUAAAAUGACUAGCAUUUGUUUAAGAAGAGGAAAUUAGAUAAACUGAAGACCCAGAGAGAGGCCUCCAGAAGAAGCCAACUCUGCCAACAGUUUGAUAUUGGACUGAAUGUCCAGAGCUGUAAGAAAAUAAAUGUCCAUGGUACUUAGUUACAACAGUCCUUGCACACUAAUACAAUGGUCAUUCUCCUUUCUCAGUAAGUUCCUUAAUAAAUGAUGAUGAUUUAGUUCCUGUGAGCAAACACAGGAGCAGCUGGUUUGUAAUGACUUCCUAGGAACCUUGUCAAGCAGGUGAGGGACUUAAUAAAAGACUAGACUCUUGUUACAAAGAAAAAGUCCAGACACUUUAAAAAGGUGGUCUGUGUUAAUCUAGAAAACUGGAUCACUUUGAAUUAAGCUUGUUCUAGCUAAAAUGGAGGCUUUGUCCUCAGCUGUUGCAGCAAGUUAGAGCUUGUAUGUUGAUCCAGAAAGGGAAAGCAGCUUUUGAAGAAACUUUCAUUUACUCUUCAUUCCGGUGUAAAUGUAAAGGCUUAGUAUAAGCAGGAUGCGAACAGAAGCUGGGAAGGGGUCUCAAAGAUGAUGAAUAAAUUUCUUAAAUGCUUGAGGAGAAAAUCCCAGAGAUUAAAGUGCUGUCCUUUUGAGCCUAGAUUUAAGUUUGGAUCCCAC